AUGAAUUCCUCUGCAUCAAUAAUUUCUCUGCCAGAAGAUUGUGUUUCUGCAAUCUUGUCACGCACAUCACCACAAGAUGCAUGUAGAUUUUCAAUGGUUUCCAAAACUUUUGUUUCAGUUGCAAACUCUGAUUUGGUUUGGAAGAACUUUUUACCCUCUGAUUACAAGAACAUUCUCUCUAGGGCUGUGAAUCAAUUCACUCUCAAAUUCAUCUCUUCAUGUAAACAACUCUUUCGUUUUCUCUCUCGUCCACUUCUCCUUGACGGUGGUAAUAAGAGUUUCAAAUUGGAAAAGUGUUGGGGUAAAAAAUGUUACAUGUUGUCAGCGACAGAGUUGGCAAUAGCAUGGAGCAUUGAUCCAAUGUUCUGGAGUUGGAAAUCAAUCCCUGAAUCAAGAUUUUUAAUGGUGGCUGAGCUGAGAACAGUGAACUGGUUAGAAAUAGAAGGCAAAAUCAGAACAAAUAUUCUAACGCCAAACACGUUAUAUGGAGCAUAUUUAGUGAUGAAAGUUUCUCAUCGAGCUUAUGGACUUGACUCUGCGCCUUCUGAAGUAUCAGUUAGGAAAGGAAACAUGGUAAAGAGAGGGAAAGCAUAUUUGUGUAAUAAAGAUGAGAAUAAGUGUAACAUGGAGACAUUAUUUUAUGGAAACAGAAGAAACAGAAUGGUUCAAGAACAAGAAGACGGAGAGAAUGUUGGAGUGGCAUGUAAGAGAGAAGAUGGGUGGAUGGAAAUUGAGAUUGGUGAGUUUUUUAGUGGGGAAGGUGAUGAGGAGAUUCAAAUGAGUGUUGCUGAAGUUGGUCAUCAGUUGAAGGGAGGACUUGUUCUUGAAGGCAUUGAAGUGAGGCCCAAAUGUAGUUAA